CCUGUCCACCCGCCCCGAGGUCGCCACCCCUCUCACCAGCAUUCGCCGCCGUAACGCCGCCUCUCUUCGCUCCGUCGAUCGAUUCCCGAUCCCCGCUCCCCCGCCCCCUCCUCCCUUGAAAUCUUGGAGGUUCAUUUUCUGAUACGAUUUCUGGUUUUUCUUGUUUGUGCCGCCUGCAGUUGGCAAAGGCUACUGGUUGAAGCAGCAGGCGAUGUCUCCCUACGCAGGUUCGGCUCCGUUCGAUCUCUGUAGGAAGGAAGCUGCUUGUUUGCUUACUGAUGAAAGGACCUUCUGGUGAACAGAUUCAAGAUUUUCACGACAAGAUCAGUGAGAAAUUUGAGUUUGUGGCUCACCAUAAGGGUGUUCAUCGGUUCUGCUUUACUAACAAGUCUCAUUAUCAUGAAACCAUCGACUUUGAUGUACACGUUGGCCAUUUUACAUUCUAUGAUCAGCAUGCAAAGGACGAGCAUUUCAACCCCUUGUUGGAACAGAUAGGGAAGCUGGAGGAGGCUCUCUACAACAUUCAGUUUGACCAGCAUUGGCUGGAGGCUGAGACUGAACGUCAAGCAAUUGUGAACGACGCAAUGAGCAGAAGGGCAGUCCAUAAGGCUUUCUUCGAGUCAGCAGCACUUAUUUGGGCGAGUGUUCUCCAAGUUUACCUGCUCCGCCUUUUUGAGAGGAAGCUUGGUUUCUCUCGAGUUUAACAUUGAUACUGUCAGAUGGCGCUAAAGUAAUUAGAGAUUUUUGUUACCAACGCCAGUCUUCGGUUCUUUCUUUAAAUAUCCAUAGAGACAUGUGUAGACAAGGAAACUGUUUACUUUGUGAAAAGGUCAUAUGAUAGAUGACCUUGAGGUGAAAAAAACAGAAUGCGUCAGGCCGUGAAGAAAAAUUGGGCAUUCUACUAGGUUCCAUCGUUAAGUUCAUGGCAAUUACAACUUCUUCCUAACUAGAGUGAAGCUCAAAUCAAAUUGAAGCAAAGAGAAGGAAAAGAUGUGAGGAAGAGAGCUUUGUUUUAUUUUGUUGUUUGGUAAGUAGGACAGCCAUAGCUCCACAGUUUUGGAAUUGCAUUUACUGGGAUUGGAACCUUGGUCUCAUUCUUGAGGUCUUUGGCGGUGAUUGUG